AUUUUACCCUGGUACGGUAACUGACUUCAGGGUAAUACAGUAAAGUGAAACUGUCCUGGCCAGGUACUGUAGGCUAUAUAAAGUAAUCGCCUCAAGUGAUUAUCACUGAAGUGAAAGAAGAUAGUCAUACAGAAACACUACUAGACAAGCACACAAUCAGCUAUGUCGCCAAACAACAAGUGGAUAGGGAGGGGCCUGCAUGCCAGCCUGUUGUACCUGGUUUUAUUUGUGUGCCUGGUGCGCACCGCUACUCUGGACGAAGAAGAUAUUGAGAUUGAUGAUGAGGAGGAGGAAGACCUGGAGUAUGAAUACAGUAUAAAACAAGACAGACACACCUGUGGAAGCGAUCAAACUGGUCAGUAUCCAUUCUGUAAGGACAAGGAGCAGGUCAUUCACCACUACGUCGACACAAGAGAUGAGUGUGGAGAGACAGAUUUCAAGAAAGUGCAGGGGGAAAUGCAGCUGAUGAUCCAGGACCGACGAAAGAAGAUGAAGGAGAUUGUACACUCUGCAAAACUCAUCGAGAAAAAUGUGGAGAGGGAGAAAGAGGACACUUUGCUGUUCCUGACUGAAGUGAUACGGCUCAUUCAGAAGACCUAUGUAGAUGUCAUUGAGGAGAUCGAAAAGAAGCAGAAAGCAUCAACAACCAUGGCUAUAGAGCACAUUCUAGAGCUAACACAGGAAAUCUCUAAACUACAGGAGAGAAGCUCUGAACUGGAGCGGCUCUCACACAUUGAGGACCACCUUCACCUUCUCCAGAUGUUCCCAUCCCUGUGUACCCCACCGGCCACCAUUGACUGGUCUGAGGUCAGCAUUCACAGUGAUCCAAGUGUGGGGUCUAUGAGGAGAGCUGUGAACAAGCUGAGAGAAGCACUCAAUAGUGAAGAGAGCAGGCUGUCUGCAGCUGAGUUGGGAAGGAUUAAGACGUGUGCAGUGGAUGUGACUCUGGACCCUGACACAGCACAUCCGUACCUCAUCGUCUCUGAAGACGGGAAACAAGUGAGAAUUGGAGAUCUCCGGCAAAAUGUCACAGAUGGCCCUGAAAGGUUUAAUUCAGUUGUUAAUGUCCUAGCAAAGGAGGGCUUCUCCUCAGGGAGAUUCUACUAUGAGGUGCAGGUGAAAGGUAAGACUAGGUUGGAUUUAGGAGUGGCCAUAGAGUCCAUCAACAGGAAGAGUGGGGUCACCCUGAGCCCUGGCCAUGGAUACCUAGCUAUAUGUCUGAGGGAUGGGGAUAGGUAUGUAGCUGCUGAAAGCCCUGCUAUCCUCAUCGCUCUUAGCCAGAAGCCCCAGAAGAUAGGGGUUUAUGUUGAUUAUGAACAAGGUCAGGUCUCCUUCUAUGAUGUGGAUAACAGGUCUCAUAUCUACUCCUUCACUGAUUAUUCUUUCAAUAAGAAACUCUAUCCCUUUUUUAGCACUGGCACCGAUGACGACGGUGAAAACUCAGCCCCAUUAGUCAUUACCCCAGUCAAUCAACAACUGAGUAUUAAUUUCUUCACUUUUGAAAAAGCCUGAAAAUUGAUAAAAUACAACUUACAAUGUGUAUAUACACUGAGUAUACAAAAUAUUAGCAACACCUUCCUAAUAUUGAGUUGCACCCAACACUUUUGCCCUCAGAACAGCCUAAAUUCAUCAGGGCAUAGACUCUACAAAGUGUCGAAAGCGUU